AUCAAGCGACACAAGAAGCACAACCAGGCUUUACUUUUUUGACUAUGGACGUAUUAAGUGAACUUGAUAAAUUACUUGCAUAUACUUAUACAACUGAUGUUCACUUUAUAAUAGAUGUAAUGAAUCUAUUGAAUCAAUUGAAAGAUCCUCAUACUAAAUUUAUACCUAAUUGCUAUUUUGAACAAUUCUUAUUUGAACAAGGACUUUCUUUGUAUUCUGUUGUUAAAUCUGAUGACAAACAAGUGAUAAAGAUCUUUAAUGUUUUGAUAAUAUCUUCACUAAUAGAUUACGAAGUUACUCAUAUAGAUUCACAACUCGCACUCUCAUUCAUCACAUCCUUUGCGAAUUCACAAAUAGGUGAAUCGAAAGAUUUGAACGUUAGAUUUAAUUUAGCACUUACAUUACUUACAUUGAAAGAUGAGCAAGUUAAAUUAGUUAAAUCUGGUAAAAUUGCUCAAUUUUACAUUAUUACUUCAGUUGAAAAAGAAGCGUUUGGCAUUGUGGUAAUUUCUACUGUUGAUAAUGAAAAGAAUGAGAAUGAGUUGAUUAUUGAUGAAUUAUUAGAAGGAUUUCGAAUAUUGAUCAAUGCUGAUUCUGGAGUAUAG